AUGGACCUGGUCCAAAUCUUAAUCCUCUCUUCUCUCUUUCUCUUUAUCUCUACUAGAUUCUUGCUCACAAGAUCCAAACGGAAACUGAAACUUCCACCGUCUCCGGCUAUCUCUUUGCCGUUUAUCGGUCACCUCCACCUCCUGAAGCCACCGCUCCACCGAACAUUCCUUUCACUCUCCAAAUCCAUCGGAAAUGCUCCGAUCUUCCACCUCCGCCUGGGAAACCGCCUCGUGUAUGUCAUCUCCUCACGUUCUAUGGCCGAAGAAUGUUUCACUGAGAACGACGUCGUUCUCGCGAACCGUCCCAAGUUCAUCGUGAGCAAGUUCGUCGGCUACAACGCUACCCAUCUGCUCGCGGCAUCUUACGGCGACCACUGGAGGAAUCUCCGCCGCAUCACGGCCGUAGAGAUAUUGUCGACUCAGAGACUUAAUUCGUUUUUGUAUAUCCGUAAGGACGAGAUCCGACGGCUCAUAUCACGUCUUUCCCAAGACUCCUUACACGGAUUUGUGGAGGUGGAGAUGAAAUCAUUAUUAACCAAUUUGUCAUCCAACAACGUCAUCAGAAUGGUCGCCGGGAAGCGUUACUACGGUGAGGAAAACGACGAAGCAAAACUCGUGAGGCAGCUUGUAUCGGAGGCGGUGACCAGUGCCGGUGCAGGCAACCCAGCUGACUAUAUUUCGGUUUUACGUUGGUUCACAAACUAUGAGAAGCGAAUCAAGGAUUUGGGGAAUCGUUUUGAUGCGUUUUUACAGAGAAUUGUGGACGAGAAACGUGCAGAGAAAGAAAAAGGCCAAACUAUGAUCGAUCACUUGCUUUCUCACCAAGAAACCCAACCCGAUUACUACACGGAUGUCAUCAUCAAAGGACUCAUACUCACUCUGGUAAUUGCAGGGACGGAUACUACGGCGGUGACACUAGAAUGGGCAAUGUCUAAUUUGUUGAACCAUCCAGAAAUACUUAAAAAGGCAAGAAUCGAAAUCGAUGAAAAAAUCGGUUUUGACCGGUUAGUAGACGAACCGGACAUUGUGAAUCUUCCUUAUCUCCAGAACAUUGUCACGGAAACACUACGUUUGUAUCCUGCGGUUCCACUACUACUACCUCAUCUGUCGUCGGAUGAUUGUAAAGUGGCGGGAUAUGAUAUCCCACGUGGCACGAUGGUAUUGACAAACGCGUGGGCUAUGCAUAGAGAUCCAGGGCUAUGGGAAGAUCCGGAGAUAUUCAAGCCAGAGAAAUUUGAAAAAGAAGGUGAGGCUGAGAAGCUAAUGCCAUUUGGGAUGGGACGAAGAGCUUGUCCUGGAGCCGGACUUGCUCAACGGCUAGUGAGCCUGGUUCUUGCAACUUUGGUUCAAUGUUUCGAGUGGGAAAGGGUUGGUGAGGAACUUGUGGACAUGGCAGAAGACAAAGGAGCCACGUUGCCUAAAAUAGUGCCGUUGCGAACCAUGUGCAAAGCACGUCCCAUCGUUGGUAAACUGAUAUAGUGUUUUUGGCUUCUUAGAAAAAUGUACCUUUAUUUUGGGCUUUUACAUGAACAAAAUGUAACUAGCUGUAACUUUUACACUCUUGCUUAGUAUCGGCGUAGUGGUUACUAGUCAAUUAUCA